AUGUCAGCCGAACUACCCCUAGGGCUAGCACAGUUUCCUAUCACGAAGACAUGUAUGAUAACUUGUGUCGGUGUCACAUUACUCGCAUCACUUUUCCAGACUAAAUAUUGGUUUCUCCUUCAGUAUGAUCCAUUUAUAUCAGAAUACAGACAAUAUUGGAGGUACCUGACCUUCCAAUUAGGUGCACUUAAUGAAUCAGAUGUUGCCCUAUAUAUGCUGAUUUGGUACCAGUUUCGUCAGUUAGAAAGGCUUUUUGGGUCCAAGAAAUACGUGAAUUUGAUACUACUUUGUUGGAUAUAUAAUACUAUAACCUUAACGGUCCUUAACAUUGCAUUGAAUAUGGUCCCCUUAGUCCAUUGGAAUAGGUUUAGCAGCGGGGCUUUACCUAUACUACUUUCUUUAUUUCACUUUUACAAGGAAUAUACCCCCACAGUAUAUGAAUUUGAGGUUCUGUUGGCUCAACCCUUCAAACCCUCCAAAGAGGUUAAAUGGACGCUUAGUGACCAAUUUCUAAUAAAUAGUUUGGUUUUUUUGUCAAUGCUAAACCAAGGCUGGGCAGGAUUUGGAAUUGGGUUUAGUGGCUGGAUAUGUGGCAUAUUUUUAGAUAAAGGAUUGCUUCCUGGCAAAGAUACAGUAGCGCUCCCAAUUUGGAGAGAUAGCUGGAACAGAAGUGCAAGCACAGUUUCCUCGUCUUUAAGAGCCACAACAACAUCAACGGAAGACACGAAUGGAAAUGUCGACCUGGAUGAGCAACCAGAUGAACCUGCAAGGCCCCUUGCGGUUCAGCUAUUAGACACUUUUCGGAGGUGA